UAAUGUUUACUGUAGGCAUGGCUGCGAAGAAGGAGGCACAUGGGCAAACGUCCCAGACCCAGCAUAUUUCCUUUACUAGGUUGCAGCAAAGGUAUGCCGUCAUGCAAAGCCGAAGACACCAAAAUCAUCACAAACCUAAGGCACCAAAAUGAUCCCAAGUGGAAUGCGCUGAAGGGAAACACAACUGAAGCUGCCAGAGGAAAACAAAGCUACAGCUGGCAAAGGAAAACCAGGGCAACGCCCCCCAAGGGAAUCGAAGCUGAAGGGAACCUAAUGGAACCGAAGCUGAAGCCGCAGCAGAAAACGUUAAAUGAAGAAAAACCUUCAACGAUUCCGAUAGUUAAAUAUGAUCCAGUGGAAUUUUUUGAUUCUUUUGAAUUUAUAAACAGCGGUGGAUUCGGACAAGUUUACAAGGUCCGCACAGGCGAUAGUCAAGUGGCUGUAAAGGUUGCUGAUAUCGAAAAGGACCACACCGAGGAGAGUAGUGAGAUACAGGAGAUCCUAAUCUUGCAAAAACUUCAAGGGCACAGAAACAUUGUAUCAAUUUAUGAUGCAGUGGUUCAAAUGAUGGAUGACAGCAGCCGUUAUAACAAGCUAUGGUGUAUGAUGGAAUAUUGUGGCGGAGGCUCAUUAUCCGACAUCAUUUCCUCUGAACCAAAUCAGUCACUCCCUGAACAAUGUAUUCAGUUUAUAUCCAGAGAGGUUUUACAGGGCUUAAGUUACAUUCAUGAAAAUUUGAUUAUACACUGCGAUAUCAAAUCGAUGAAUAUCGUCCUAACUGAAGAUGCAGAGGUCAAGAUAAUUGAUUUUGGGCUGGCUGUUCAGUUAAAGCACCAAGAAGAAGAAGUCAAUGCAUGGAGAGGAACCCCACAUUGGAUGGCUCCUGAAAUGAUAACAUCUGAUUUUAACUUCAAGUGUGACAUCUGGUCUUUUGGGAUCACGGUCAUUGAAAUGGCUGAAGGACUUCCACGUAAGUAG